AUGUUUGCAAGGGCAAUUGUUCGCUCAUCCCUUCGACGGUCUAUUCCGUCGCCCAAAAGGUCAUUUCAUCCAUUGGCAGGCCAAUCUAUCCAGUUCUUUCAAGACCAAUGGCAGACCCCACCGUCCGCAAACCUUGUACCCAUAGUCAUUGAACAAACGGGCAGAGGGGAGCGCUCAUAUGAUAUCUUCUCUCGUCUGCUGAGAGAACGCGUGAUAAUGCUUCAUGGGCCAAUACGGGACGCGGACUCGACUCUAAUAGUUGCUCAACUAUUAUUUCUAGAAGCGGAGGACUCGACUAAACCUAUCCAUCUAUAUAUCAAUUCCCCCGGAGGAAGUGUGACCGCAGGACUCGCGAUUUAUGACACAUAUGUGUCGUCUCCCAUUCAUACCUACAGUCUGGGAUUAGCCGCGUCCAUGGGCUCUCUUCUUCUCGCUUCUGGCGAGAAGGGAAAGCGGCACUGCUUGCCAAACGCCAGCAUCAUGAUCCAUCAGCCAUCCGGCGGUGCCUCGGGGCAAGCUUCUGACAUUGCAAUUCACGCUAAGGAGAUAUUACGGAUACGUCAACUUUUGACUGGCAUCUACCAGCGGCAUUGCUCAAAAGAUGGAGAAACACAAGCCGAAGGACUCGCACGCUUCGAGAGGGCUCUAGAGCGAGACUACUAUAUGACCGCACAAGAAGCCAUGGAGUUUGGUAUAGUGGAUGGCAUACUAGAAAAACGUCCAGCAUCCGAUGCCGAUAGACCUCCUGAAUAA